AGCCCAAUGGUUGAGGCAAAAGAAUCAUAUAAAAAAAUAUUAUUAGAAGAAGAAGUCACAUAUAAUGACGAUGAUGAUGAAGACACAGAUUAUGACGAAGAUAAAGAAGAAGAACAACCAGAGAAAUCGAGAGGACACUACUCGUCAAGGCACAGGAUGUUGUUGGUCGGAGAAGGAGACUUCUCCUUCUCUCUUUCGUUGGCUAGGGCUUUUGGUUCCGCUAGCAAUAUGGUUGCCACUACUAUUGAUACUGAAGAGAACAUAGAGAAGAAGUACAGUAAUGGAGUGGCAAAUGUGAGGGAACUAGAAGAGAGGGGAUGUUUGGUAUUAUACGGAGUUGAUGCAAAGGAAAUGAGCCAACACUUCUUCUUGAGGACUCAGAGAUUUGAUAGAAUUGUGUACAAUUUCCCUCAUGUUGGUUUCCUCUACCAUGAGGGUAGCUAUUGCCAAAUUCAGUUGAACAAGGGAUUGAUAAAGGGUUUUCUAUCCAAUUCCAAAGUGCUUUUGAAGGGGGAUAAUGGAGAGAUUCAUGUAACACACAAGGAAGGUGAUCCUUACGACAAAUGGGAUUUAGUUAAGAAAGCAGAGAAGAUGGGCCUUGUUAUGCACAACACUGUUCCCUUCAACAAGAAUGAUUAUCCAGGGUAUAACAACAAGAGAGCUCAUGGGAACCUAUCCGAUGCCCCCUUUCCACUCGGCGAUUGCAGUACUUACAAGUUCAAGCUCAAAUGCUUGCCGAAAUUCCAGCAACAUAGCAAGUCGGAAGUGCCAGAACUCAAGUAGAAAUUCUUCAUUGGAAGUGCCUAUUAUGCAACUGGUGCCUUAAUAUGUUUAUAAAGCUACCUUUUCUAUAGUUACUUGCAUCCUGAAAUAUGAAUGUUAAAAAUUGCAUCACAUAGUUUAAGGUUGUAACUAUUGUGCACUUUUGCUGAAACCUUUGGGGUCCGCAAGGAUCUGCAUUUGGAAACUGCUUAGCUAAAAGGUCUAUAGUCAACCUGGAUUUAUGGCUUUUAGUCAAAUUAUGCUGAAUUGCCAACGGUGCAAGUAAAUUCGAUGUUAUGAAAA